AUGAGAUUGCUUCUCGUAACACUUGCGCUUUUUGUUCUCGCCUCUGCAGAAUAUUACAUGGAUUCAUUAGGAACGCUCACCACGGAUGAAUUCGUGCAGCUUUCUUCGGAUGAGUCUCACAGACCGCUUCUGGUGGCAUUCAUUUCUCCCGCCUGCAAGAAAUGCGAGGAUUACUAUUAUCCCAUGAUCCAGGCGCUUCACGCCUUUCGAGGAACCGAUAUGGUUGUGGCUACCAUGAACACAGCCGAUGCCGAAGGCCAUUUGGGUGAUUGUGACAUCAACAUGGAGGCCGAGCGUCCUGAGUUUCGUUUUUACAAGCCGAAUACCGGCCUGGAAUGGGUGGCUCGCGAGCUCAAAGUGAAGAUGCGUCCGUCUCGCUGGACGGAACUCACUGACAAAACGUUCUACAAGUUCGUGAAUCAUCCUCGGAAAACGUCGAUCAUUGAAGUCUACGCGCCGCGCUGCAUUUCGUGCCAGAAUCAGUACAACGAUCUGGAACGAAUUAUGGUCGCUUUCGACUCGGAGCCUGUGCAGUUCGGAAAGAUCAACAGCGACCAGUACAUUCGUUUCUGCUCGCAGUGGAACAUUACGACGCUUCCACACUUCAUGCAUUUCAUCGACGGCAAAACCUACACGGACGUGCAGCCGACGGUGCAGGGAGACACGGCGAUGCUCGACUACUUCAAUGGAUUGAUCGGAAGUGGAAGAGAGAUCGAUGGCAAGAUUAAGGAUCGAUUCGGACUGGAGAGGAAUAUCACCCGCCAGCUGGAUCGGUUUAUGAAUGGAGAUCGCAGCGCGAAGGAGAUGGUGAUGGAGGAUGUCCGAUCGCACUUGAAGGAAUAUCAGAACGCGAAAAUGUAUCUGCAUGUGAUGAAGAAGGUCGUGGAGCAGGGAAAGGGCUUCUUGGCGCAGGAGCGAACCAAACGAAUGAAAGAAAUCCGCGAAAUGGGCGUGUUUGCGAAGAAGUCCGGAUUUUUGGAAUUCCAGUAA